UUUUGAUACUUUGUAACAUGCUGAAAUUAAAAAGUGCAGUCUGAAGCAGUAAAUCACUCAGAGUUACUGCGUCCAUUCACAGAACUUCAUCCCUGACAGCACGCUGAACACAGAUGAAGAUGAUUCUCUGCUUUAUAGCCGCUCUAAUUACUAUAACUGCAGCAGAUACAUCAUGCGCAGGCUCGGAUCACGAAACUCUCCUGCUGCAGCUGAAUCAGGAUCUGCUGCGCGCCACUGAAAACCAGGAGUCGCUUCCCAACCCGAGCAUACACAUCGCCCUGCGUCUCUCCACUCGGCACAACCUGCUCAAAGAGACGCAGUACCUCAACCAGCUUAAGACCAAGUUCUUUGAGGACAUUGAGAGAACUCUAAACAGGAAUGAGCCUGUGGUGGGCCGCCUCGCCCUCUACGUGAUGGCGUUAAAAUCUUCCUGUGAUGACCUACACAAUGCAUCACUCACGGUGGGUGGAAAGAGCCAACCUUUGCUCACACAUUUGAAGAAACAGCUAGAGCUGGAAAAGGAACACAUUGCAUCCGGAAAUCGGCCCCUGACCAACUACUACCAGUACUCCCUGGGAAUUCUGGCUCUGUGUUUAAGCGGGGUGAGAGUGAACCCGCAUGUCGGUCACAAGCUUAUCCACGCCUCCCUGAAGAGCCUUUUCAUACACGGUGACUCCGAAAGUGUGGACACGGUUGCGAUGGCAGGCAUGGCCCUGCAGUGUCUCAAAGAAGCUGACGCAGUUCAACCGAAUGAGGAGCUGGACAAGGCCCUGGAAAAGAUCAAACAGAAGCUUGUGAACUCUCAGCGAGAUGAUGGCCACCUGGGCAAUGAGUUCAGCACUGGCCUGGCUGUACAGGCAUUACUGGCGAUGGGCAAUAAAGUAGAUGAGUGCGAUAAAUCUAUGAAGGCUUUGUGGUCUGCUGCCAGAAAUGGUUCCUACCACAACCCCAUGGCAAUCUCUCAGACCUUGCCCGCUCUCCAACAACGCUCGUAUCUCAACCUGAAGAACAAGUUAUGUCUCAAUGAGGAUGACACUCUGACUCUGGGUCCUACUCCAGUUGUCCUGCCAGGCCAGACAGUUACUGUGCAGGUGGAGAUCGAGGUCAUAAAAGCAGACGGCUCGUCAUCAAGUUUUCAGAUCAGAGUUCCCAGCGGCACCUCGCUGCUCGAGACUAUGACACUGCUUCAGCAAAAGCGGAACGACUUCAAGUUUAAGACGGAGGACAGUCUGUGGGGGCCGUUCCUUAGUGUACUGAACGGAGAACAGGCACGACAGAGCGACCGGAGAUACUGGCACAUUGCCUCAGACGGGAAAUCACUGAGUCAGGGCGUAAAGGACUACAAGAUUGAAGCAGCUCAGAAAAUCACCUUCAAGAACACAGUCUACUGAUCUGGGUCCAAAACGAGACAUAGGAACUUUAAAUGAGAAUGAUUUUAGUAAUUUUUAGUGCUCUUCUGUUAUAGAACAGGUAGUUACAUUCAGCUAAUCUGACAUGUUGUGCAGCAUCCCGAGUGCUGAUAUUCAGUAUGUAAGCACUGUGUCAUGUCUCUGUGUGAAUCACACCACUUUUGUCUGUGUUUGUUACAAAUAAAAUUCCAACUCUAGCGUUAUUACACUGAAAUUUUUUACUAGGUUUACAACUGG